GUGAAGAUGCUCCACCUGGGAGUUGGCCUUGGCAGGUUAGUCUGCAGAGCUCUGGUGGCCAUGUUUGUGGUGGUUCCCUCAUCAACAGAGAGUGGGUGAUGUCUGCUGCUCACUGCUUUUCCAGUACAAGCACAUCCGGAUGGGAGGUUUCUCUUGGCCGUCAGAACCUCCAGGGCACAAACCCAAAUGAAGUGUCCAGAAGUGUUGCCAGAAUCAUUUUACACCCAAACUAUGAUGGUGACACCAACAACAAUGACAUUGCUCUGCUCAGACUCUCCUCACCAGUCACAUUCACAGACUACAUCAGACCUGUGUGUCUGGCAGCCAGUGGCAGUGUGUUCAACAAUGGUACAGAUAGCUGGGUCACCGGCUGGGGUGCAGUCAAUGAGGGAGUGUCCUUACCAUUCCCUGAAUCUCUACAAGAAGUGGAGGUUCCAGUUGUGGGAAACAGACAGUGUAACUGUCUCAAUGGAGUUGGUACAAUCACAGACAACAUGAUCUGUGCUGGAGUUCUGGUGGGAGGCAAAGACUCAUGUCAGGGUGACUCAGGAGGUCCAAUGGUAAGCAAACAGGGCUCCGUCUGGGUCCAGUCUGGAAUAGUUAGUUUUGGUUUUGGUUGCGCUCGACCCAAUUUGCCAGGAGUCUACUCCAGAGUGUCCAGUUACCAGCCCUGGAUCAACUCCCUGAUCCGCUCUGAUGAGCCAGGUUUUGUGCAGUUCAGUUCCAGUGGUGGGGACACCGAUGGCAGCUACACCUGUCCUGGUCUCCCACCACCUCUUACUACUACUACUGCUUCUGGUACUUGUUCCAAUACUGCAGAACCCGGUGCUACAACCACAGAGCCAGGAUCUGUUGCAUCGAGUGCUGAAUUGUGUGGCAUCACUCCCCUGAAUAACAGGAUAGUCGGAGGUGAAGAUGCUCCACCUGGGAGUUGGCCUUGGCAGGUUAGUCUGCAGAGCUCUGGUGGCCAUGUUUGUGGUGGUUCCCUCAUCAACAGAGAGUGGGUGAUGUCUGCUGCUCACUGCUUUUCCAGUACAAGCACAUCCGGAUGGGAGGUUUCUCUUGGCCGUCAGAACCUCCAGGGCACAAACCCAAAUGAAGUGUCCAGAAGUGUUGCCAGAAUCAUUUUACACCCAAACUAUGAUGGUGACACCAACAACAAUGACAUUGCUCUGCUCAGACUCUCCUCACCAGUCACAUUCACAGACUACAUCAGACCUGUGUGUCUGGCAGCCAGUGGCAGUGUGUUCAACAAUGGUACAGAUAGCUGGGUCACCGGCUGGGGUGCAGUCAAUGAGGGAGUGUCCUUACCAUUCCCUGAAUCUCUACAAGAAGUGGAGGUUCCAGUUGUGGGAAACAGACAGUGUAACUGUCUCAAUGGAGUUGGUACAAUCACAGACAACAUGAUCUGUGCUGGGGUUCUGGUGGGAGGCAAAGACUCAUGUCAGGGUGACUCAGGAGGUCCAAUGGUAAGCAAACAGGGCUCCGUCUGGGUCCAGUCUGGAAUAGUUAGUUUUGGUUUUGGUUGCGCUCGACCCAAUUUGCCAGGAGUCUACUCCAGAGUGUCCAGUUACCAGCCCUGGAUCAACUCCCUGAUCCGCUCUGAUGAGCCAGGUUUUGUGCAGUUCAGUUCCAGUGGUGGGGACACCGAUGGCAGCUACACCUGUCCUGGUCUCCCACCACCUCUUACUACUACUACUGCUUCUGGUACUUGUACCAAUACCGCAGAACCCGGUGCUACAACCACAGAGCCAGGAUCUGUUGCAUCGAGUGCUGAAUUGUGUGGCAUCACUCCCCUGAAUAACAGGAUAGUCGGAGGUGAAGAUGCUCCACCUGGGAGUUGGCCUUGGCAGGUUAGUCUGCAGAGCUCUGGUGGCCAUGUUUGUGGUGGUUCCCUCAUCAACAGAGAGUGGGUGAUCUCUGCUGCUCACUGCUUUUCCAGUACAAGCACAUCCGGAUGGGAGGUUUCUCUUGGCCGUCAGAACCUCCAGGGCACAAACCCAAAUGAAGUGUCCAGAAGUGUUGCCAGAAUCAUUUUACACCCAAACUAUGAUGGUGACACCAACAACAAUGACAUUGCUCUGCUCAGACUCUCCUCACCAGUCACAUUCACAGACUACAUCAGACCUGUGUGUCUGGCAGCCAGUGGCAGUGUGUUCAACAAUGGUACAGAUAGCUGGGUCACCGGCUGGGGUGCAGUCAAUGAGGGAGUGUCCUUACCAUUCCCUGAAUCUCUACAAGAAGUGGAGGUUCCAGUUGUGGGAAACAGACAGUGUAACUGUCUCAAUGGAGUUGGUACAAUCACAGACAACAUGAUCUGUGCUGGGGUUCUGGUGGGAGGCAAAGACUCAUGUCAGGGUGACUCAGGAGGUCCAAUGGUAAGCAAACAGGGCUCCGUCUGGGUCCAGUCUGGAAUAGUUAGUUUUGGUUUUGGUUGCGCUCGACCCAAUUUGCCAGGAGUCUACUCCAGAGUGUCCAGUUACCAGCCCUGGAUCAACUCCCUGAUCCGCUCUGAUGAGCCAGGUUUUGUGCAGUUCAGUUCCAGUGGUGGGGACACCGAUGGCAGCUACACCUGUCCUGGUCUCCCACCACCUCUUACUACUACUACUACCACUACUACUACUGCUUCUGGCACUAGUACCAAUACCGCAGAACCCAGUGCUACAACCACAGAGCCAGGAUCUGUUGCAUCGAGUGCUGAAUUGUGUGGCAUCACUCCCCUGAAUAAAAGGAUAGUCGGAGGUGAAGAUGCUCCACCUGGGAGUUGGCCUUGGCAGGUAAGUCUGCAGAGCUCUGGUGGCCAUGUUUGUGGUGGUUCCCUCAUCAACAGAGAGUGGGUGAUGUCUGCUGCUCACUGCUUUUCCAGUACAAGCACAUCCGGAUGGGAGGUUUCUCUUGGCCGUCAGAACCUCCAGGGCACAAACCCAAAUGAAGUGUCUAGAAGUGUUGCCAGAAUCAUUUUACACCCAAACUAUGAUGGUGACACCAACAACAAUGACAUUGCUCUGCUCAGACUCUCCUCACCAGUCACAUUCACCGACUACAUCAGACCUGUGUGUCUGGCAGCCAGUGGCAGUGUGUUCAACAAUGGUACAGAUAGCUGGGUCACCGGCUGGGGUGCAGUCAAUGAGGGAGUGUCCUUACCAUUCCCUGAAUCUCUACAAGAAGUGGAGGUUCCAGUUGUGGGAAACAGACAGUGUAACUGUCUCAAUGGAGUUGGUACAAUCACAGACAACAUGAUCUGUGCUGGGGUUCUGGUGGGAGGCAAAGACUCAUGUCAGGGUGACUCAGGAGGUCCAAUGGUAAGCAAACAGGGCUCCGUCUGGGUCCAGUCUGGAAUAGUUAGUUUUGGUUUUGGUUGCGCUCGACCCAAUUUGCCAGGAGUCUACUCCAGAGUGUCCAGUUACCAGCCCUGGAUCAACUCCCUGAUCCGCACUGAUGAGCCAGGUUUUGUGCAGUUCAGUUCCAGUGGUGGGGACACUGAUAGCAGCUACACCUGUCCUGGUCUCCCACCUUUUUCAGCAACUCCUUUAACAACAAGACCAAGUACUCCUGCUCAAGCUGCAUUCAGUCCUGCAAGAGCAGUGUGUGGCAAUGCACCAGAGAAUAGUCGCGCCGUUGGUGACAGUGGUGUUGUCCCUGGAGGAAUGUGGCCCUGGAUUGCCAGUCUCUACAAAAAUGGGGCCUACACUUGUGCAGGAACCCUCAUUUCUGAUAACUUUGUCCUCACUAGUGACCAAUGCUUCUUGUAAAAACACACCUGUUAUUAUUUCCUUUAAGAUUAACACUGAAUAGCUAUAACACCUGGAUUUAUGUUUCUAAUAAUGUUUUCUCUU